AUUUCAAAAUUAGGGAGGGUGGAGAAAAGUGUGGAAGCACACUGUGGAGCUGUGCUUGCAGGAAGGUGGAAUCAUGAAGGAGCAGCCCUGGUUACAGCUGGUGAAGAUGGCCAAGUGAAAAUCUGGUCUAAAACUGGAAUGCUGAGAUCCACUUUAGCUCAGCAAGGAACACCAGUGUACUCAGUAGCAUGGGGACCUGAUUCUGAAAAAGUUCUCUACACUUCAGGGAAGCAUCUGACUAUUAAACCUCUUCAGCCCAAUGCCAAAGUUCUGCAGUGGAAAGCUCAUGAUGGACUUAUUUUAAAAACUGACUGGAACUCAGUUAAUAAUCUUAUUCUUUCUGCAGGUGAAGACUGUAAAUAUAAGGUUUGGGACAGUUAUGGACGCCUGCUGUACAGCUCCCAGCCCCAUGAGUACCCCAUAACAUCUGUUGCCUGGGCUGGGGAUGGAGAAUUCUUUGCUGUGGGAUCUUUCCACACUUUGCGUCUCUGUGAUAAAACUGGGUGGUCUUAUGCUUUGGAGAAGCCAAACACUGGCAGUAUAUUUAAUAUUGCCUGGUCUAUUGAUGGCACUCAGCUGGCUGGAGCGUGUGGAAAUGGACACGUCAUUUUUGCCCACGUCGUGGAGCAACGCUGGGAGUGGAAGAACUUUGAAAUAACCUUGAUUAAAAGGAGAACCAUGGAGGUGCACAACGUGCUCAAUGAUGCAGUGGAUCUGCUGGAAUUCCGUGACAGGGUGAUCAAAGCCUCCUUGAACUAUGGACAUUUGGUUGUUUCCACUUCUCUCCAGUGCUAUGUCUUCUCUACAAAGAACUGGAAUACACCUCUGAUCUUUGACCUGAAGGAAGGAACAGUUAGUUUGAUUCUACAAGCAGAAAGGCAUUUUCUUCUUGUAGAUGGUGGAGGGCUCUAUUUAUAUUCAUAUGAAGGAAGAUUAAUUUCCUCUCCAAAGUUUCCAGGGAUGAGAACAGACAUUUUAAAUGCCCAGACAGUAUCUCUGAGCAAUGAUACAUUAGCAGUAAAAGACAAAGCUGAUGAAAAGGUUAUCUACAUUUUUGAAGCUUUAUCUGGAAAGCCUUUAGGUGAUGGGAAGCCUCUAACCCAUAAGGCAGAAAUAGUGGAGAUUGCAUUGGACCAGAAAGGACUUACAAGUGAGAGAAAAAUAGCUUUUAUUGAUAAGAACAGAGAUCUUUACAUCACUUCAGUGAAACGGUUUGGAAAAGAACAGAAGAUUGUCAAGUUAGGGACAAUGGUUCAAACUUUGGCUUGGAAUGACACAUCCAACAUUCUCUGUGGGAUUCAAGAUACCCAGUUUACUGUCUGGUACUACCCCAACACAGUCUAUGUAGAUAAAGAUCUUUUGCCAAAAACUCUGUAUGAAAAAGAUGCCAGUGAAUUUAGCAAAAAUCCCCAGAUUGUACAUUUUGUAGGAAAUCAAAUAACAAUUAGAAGAGCAGAUGGUUCACUUAUUCACCUCAAUAUUUCACCUUAUCCUGGGAUUCUCCAUGAGUAUGUUGGUAGUUCCAAAUGGGAGGAUGCUGUCAGAUUGUGUCGCUUUGUCAAGGAUCAAACUCUGUGGGCAUGUUUGGCUGCCAUGGCUGUUGCCAACAGAGACAUGGCCACAGCAGAAAUCGCCUACGCCUCCAUUGGUGAGAUUGACAAGGUUCAGUUUAUCAAUUCCAUCAAAGAGCUUCCAUCAAAAGAGUCCAGGAUGGCUCAGAUCCUGCUGUUCAAUGGGAACACCCAAGAAGCUGAAACGCUGCUCCUUCAAACAGGCCUGGUUUAUCAAGCCAUCCAAAUCAACAUUAACCUCUUCAAUUGGGAAAGGGCCCUAGAGCUAGCAGUAAAGCACAAGACCCACGUUGACACAGUCCUGGCUUACAGACAGAAGUUCCUAGAAGAUUUUGGUAAAAAGGAAACCAACAAAAGUUUUUUGCAGUAUGCAGAAGGUAUGGAAAUUGAUUGGAAUAAAAUCAAAGCCAAAACAGAGCUGGAAAUUGCUCAAGAAAGAGAACGAGGAGCAUCUGGUCCCUCAGUGAGAGCCAGUGUGACUGUGCAGCAGUAACUGUCCUUUUGGGCAUCUUAAAAAGUGCUUCUUGAACAUUUUAUACUGUGGUUUUUUGGGUUUUUUUUUU